UUCCGUCUCUAAGCUUAAGUGCCGCGUGAGAGUCAGAGCACAUAAACACAUCUCUUCCGUUUCAUAAUAUUAUUCCACGUUGGCACACACUCAGAUUUUGUUGCUCAGUGUGUUAUUAUUGUUGAACACAGGAUGGACUUCACAAUCCGGGCCGCCACGCUCGAGGACUGUAAGGACAUCUCGCGGAUGAUUCUGGAACUGGCAGAGCAUGAGAAAGUUUCAGACCAGAUCAAGAUUACACAAAGAGAUCUGGAGCAGGAUGGAUUCUCCAAAAACCCUUUUUUCCAUGGAAUUAUUGCUGAAGUGCCGGAGCAUCUUAAGUCCAGAGAUGGUCAUACCAAGGUUGGUUACUCACUGUACUUCUACACGUACAGCUCAUGGAAAGGUCGGUCUGUGUACAUGGAGGAUCUGUACGUGAUGCCAGAGUUCAGAGGGAAAGGCAUUGGCAAGGCUCUGAUGGCUAAAGUCUCCCAGCUUGGCCUGGCUGCUGGUUGCACUCAGCUGAAUUUCACUGUGCUGGACUGGAACAAGUCAUCUCUUGACUUCUACCGAAAGCAGGGCUGCUGGGAUGUAACCUCCGACCUCGGGUAUCACUGCAUGCGCUGUGAGGGUGAUGCCCUUCAACACUUGGCACAGGGGGACCUUUAAAUUUUGAAGCACAAUGAUUCCCUUGUCAACCCUAGUCCAGAGCCACAAGUAACAAGUUGUUUGAUAAGCACAGGAAGAGAGUAAUCUGUCAAAAUAUAGACUACAUAACCGUGCUCAUCUCCUAUAUCAAUUUUUUGACAUCGGAGACGAGAAACAGUACAGAGAACAAAUGCCAGCAAAUGAUACUGAUUAAUUUUACGUAUUUAAAUUGUGAAAUCUGGCCUAACCAAAGAUUCAGAAGUGCACUGUUGUGUUAUUGGGAAUCAUGUAUUGGACAUAUUAUGACAUUAUCAUUUUUCUACCAAUGGAAAAAGUGGAAGUGAAAUUGUUACAGUUGGUACUGUUACCUUUAGAUGUUCUAUUUAAAUAGCCAUUUUAGUGUUUAGCCAUAUGCGUCAUGUAAUGUGUACAUUUGAAUGUGUUUGCAUAAACAUCUUGUCUGUCUAGCUCACAAAUCCACCUUAUCUGAAAAUAUGCACACAAGUAAUGUUCUUAAACUGUUACAAUAUGGAAAAUUGAUUGGUUCACAAGAGUCACGCAGCCACCCUAGAAGAUGAAGAUGUGUCUGUUUACGUUUUACAUGCACAGAUAUGAGCCACAAACUGGAGAAAUGCACUACAAUUGUAAUUAUAUUAAGAUGAAUCCUGUGUUAUUGGUUAGUGGAAGCAUGGUUGGAUUUUGCUUUUCUGAUUUUUGUGCAUUUUGCCUUUUAGAAACCUAAUAUGUUUAUAUUUAUUGCCCAAAGGUCUUUGGCAAGAAAAGCCCGUGCUGUUACUGAAUACAACACAAAACUGAACAACAUACAACUCAUAAGUACCUCAGUCUUUAAUGACCUGCUAGAGAGAAAUUAUUUUGUUGCACUUGUAGAACUAUUGCUGCUGUAUCCAAUGUACUGUAUAUUAUGUUCUUUCAGUCAUCAAUAAAAGUACAUGUAUGCGGUU